AUGGGGGAAUGGACCAUCUUGGAGAGGCUACUGGAGGCGGCUGUCCAGCAGCACUCCACUAUGAUAGGAAGGAUCCUGUUAACAGUGGUGGUGAUCUUCCGGAUCCUGAUCGUGGCGAUCGUGGGAGAGACGGUCUAUGAUGACGAGCAGACCAUGUUCGUUUGUAACACCUUGCAGCCGGGCUGCAACCAGGCUUGCUACGACCAGGCGUUCCCCAUCUCGCACAUCAGAUACUGGGUGUUUCAGAUCAUCAUGGUGUGCACCCCCAGCCUUUGCUUCAUCACCUACUCGGUGCACCAGUCCGCCAAACAGAAGGAGCGGAGGUACUCGACCGUGUUCCUCUCGCUGGACAAGGACCAGGAUCCCAUAAAGCGAGACGACAGCAAGAAGAUCAAGAACACCAUCGUGAACGGAGUACUGCAGAACACGGAGAACUCGACGAAGGAAGCGGAGCCCGACUGCUUGGAGGUGAAGGAGAUCCCCUGCUCAGCCCUCAGAACUACAAAGUCCAAAAUGAGGCGACAAGAAGGUAUCUCGAGGUUCUACAUUAUCCAGGUGGUGUUCAGAAACGCGCUGGAGAUUGGCUUUCUAGUGGGUCAGUACUUCCUCUAUGGAUUUAAUGUGCCCGCGGUGUACGAAUGUGAUCGAUACCCGUGCAUCAAAGAUGUCGAGUGCUACGUGUCGAGACCCACGGAGAAGACUGUCUUUCUGGUCUUCAUGUUCGCCGUGAGCGGGAUUUGCGUGGUGCUCAACUUAGCGGAACUGAACCACCUGGGUUGGAGGAAGAUCAAAACGGCCGUGCGUGGGGUGCAGGCCAGGAGGAAGUCCAUCUACGAGAUCAGGAACAAAGACCUGCCCCGCAUGAGCAUGCCCAACUUCGGCCGCACGCAGUCCAGCGACUCCGCGUACGUGUAG